AUGGACAGAAUCGUUUUUCGGAUCCAGAUCCAGUCGGGGCCUUCUUCGGGUCCUCGGAUCCGGAUCUUCUCUUUUCAAUCCAACCGGAGCAACUGCCGCAGGUCUCGAGUCGCCGAGUCACCGUCGGCGACCUUCGAUACCUGCUUCUUCUUCGAAAACGACGGCAGCGGGAGCGCAUUGGGCUCCGGCGAAAACGCGAAUGCCGAUCCAGCGUACAUGUCAGUCUUUCCCUCCACCGGAGGCUUCAGAUCCACGAUCCGCACCUGCUUCAGCAUCGUUAUUUCCUUUCGUCUUCGAAUCCGGCGACUCGCCGCGCCUCAAGAUCGUGACUUUCUCCAUCUUGAAGCCCCGAAGGUCUUCGGAGCUGGAUCUCUUGGAGACCACUGCCGGCUGCACGUGGAUGAAGUCGUAGCUGAGGAGGUAGAGAGCGACGAAGACGGCGACGCCAUUGAAUACCCGGAGUACUUCGUUUCAAUUUAG